UUUCAAGCGUAGAUCUCUAGUAUCUCUACUAUCGUUCUGUUAUCCUAUUACCGACCGGAAGUUGCCUGUUCCAACCGCUAGAUCGCGCCACUGUGUUCGUCUUUGUAGGCUCCAAGCCGAACACAACAGACUCCGUGCGGCGUUCUGCGUGUAUAUGUUUUGUUCGUUUACCCGACCAGAAGCAGUGCCGGCAAAAUGGACGAUAUAGCACUCCGAGCAUCGGAUCGAGUUUUGGAAGUGAUUUUUUCUUAUUUAGAUCUCCACACGUUGCGAAACUGCUCGAUGGUGUGCAAACGAUGGAACCGAUUCUUGAACGACGAGAACAAUGACGCGUGGAGGAUGCACUGCAUCCGCAAGCUGGCCCAGGAGGCUCUCAGUUCCGAUUUAUUGUCAUCGGUACCCACCUACAAGUCCAAAUUGCGGGCAUUUUAUCACGCAUGGAACCCCGUCGAUUGUUCCUGUAACAUUUACAUUAAACCGAAUGGAUUCACUCUACACAGAAAUCCUGUCGCACAAAGUACGGAUGCCUGUAGAGGAAAAAUCGGUUUCCGGCAUGGCCGUCAUGCCUGGGAGGUAAUUUGGGAAGGACCUCUGGGCACAGUGGCAGUUAUAGGAAUAGCGACAAAAGAAGCACCAUUGUUAUGUCACGGGUAUGUAGCAUUACUUGGUUCAAACGAGCAUUCGUGGGGAUGGAAUCUAGUGGAUAAUCACCUGUUACACAAUGGGGAUGUGCAAGGGAACUAUCCGUUACUUAAUAAUGCCCCCAAGUAUCAGGUUGGGGAAAGAAUUAGGGUAAUAUUAGAUUGUGAUGAUAACACGUUAUCUUUUGAAAAAAAUUACGAAUUUUUGGGAGUGGCAUUUAGAGGGUUGCCAGACAAAAGAUUAUAUCCAUCCGUAUCCGCUGUAUAUGGAAAUACAGAGGUAUCUAUGGUGUACUUAGGACCUCCUCUAGAUGGCUAACACUUUACUUCUAGUAGACACAUAUCUUUGAAGGUUUCUUCGGGAUUGUACAAUGAAAUUUCAAUACAAAUUUUCUGCAUUGUACUGGAAUGUCUACUAUGAAGUAGAACCCAGUGCACUAAUGAACUGUAUGAUACUCUUCACGAAGGACACGUGCCUGUUCAUUCAGUCAAUACAUUGUAAAUAGUAUUAGCAUUCCAUUUAAACUGAUAAAUCUGUAAUAAGGCUUUAUACGGUGUGAACAGUCGUUAGUUACUCAACGACGGACAUCAACACAUUCUUCUUGAAUUUAUACAUCUACUAAUUAGCAUCAGGAAGGUCUGGGUUAGGUCUAAAAGGGUUGAGUAACGUAUUACUGAUUUCAAGAUGAUCGUGUAAAAAUUUUUGAGUUAGAUCAUUUUUAACAGAAAAGUUCCUCUGUGUUCAAACGAACACGAGUCAGAUUCGAUAAUUUGUCGGAUGGUGUUACUUGCAACCCUUUUUUUUUAUUUCAAAACUACACCAAAAUACAAAAUUGAUAAAUGGAGAAAUAGUAGAGUUGAACUUAACCAUUUCUAAAUAUCCUAUAAAGCUUUAAAUUAAUCUUAUUCGACAGCAUUUAUCAAUGUCUCAGGAAUAAAAUGACUAGCAUUCGAAUAAACCAAGAAGCGUUGCAAGUUACGCCUUUCGACAGUACUUUCAUUUCGACUCUUUUUUCCAAGUCAUGUAGAUUUACGUUAAGUUAACGCGCAUGUACAUAGGGAUAAGUAUUGUCCGAUUCUUUACUCUUCCAUACAGUAUUGAUAGUUGAGUCCUUGUAUAAAUACAUGCUUUAUAUGUAUAAAUCUUCUGCCAAAGAAAUGGCAAUUCCAACUUGUUUACAAGAUAGUCGUGUACUGGUGGCAUAUAGAUUAUUUUGGACAUCGACAAGUCUGCCAUUAAUAUUAAACUCAUGUUUAUUGUCCUUAUGCUAUUUGCAUAAUUUUUUGGUAACUGUGAAAGAAAUAUCUGUGAUUCGUCGUAUUUUAUUAGUGUGCUCAUUUUUUUAACAAUACCUGUGUAGAUGUUUGCUUAUUUCUGUUUUUGUUACAUCCGUUAAGGAAGGGAUCCUUUGCAAGAAUGAAAGGUCCAACACCUUUCUUACGAAACCCAAUUACGCUUCGUUUUUUAUUUUAAUUUAUUAUAUAUAUUUAUACACAUCUUAGAUUAGUACCUAUUUUUAAGUAGCAAAAUCGUUGAACGAAUGGAAAAAUGACAUUUCACAAAACAGUAUACAGGGUGUUCCACUUAAAGUGUUCAUAGGUGUUUUCCUUUCAACUGUAUAAAACAGCCUCUCAAAUUGUAAAUUGUGGCGAGAAUUUGAAUCGAUUUGUACAAUAGUUACAAUUUUAUCUAGCUUUUUUUAAAUAAAAUUGUUUCGCUCGCAUUAUUUUCUAAGUACAUCAAAAGAGCAAGUAAAGGUAAUGCUAGAAAUGAAACAGGUACCUGUGAAAUAUCGUCUACGCAAUGUUUAGAGUUUGUUUUUUUGUGUCGUAUCAUUGUGCCAUAUAGCUUCCUGUAUGUACUGAAUUAUUUUCUAAGAAAACUGUGUGAAAUUUCGUGACCACCAUUGUGGUAAAUGCACAAUACGUUAUAAUUUAUGCGAACAACGUUUUAAUUUGCCAAUGCGUUUGGUAUCUGUAAGAAAGUCCUGCGUUGGUUACGUAUGAGUAUUGUACAAAGUCUAUACUUAUAGGUAGCAAUGUUGUCAGCACGGUGAACAAUGAAAGAUCAUCUAGAGAUAUGGAUAAAUACAGUCGUUUGUAAUGUACAUAUUUAUUAUCGUCAUUGUGUUCGGGUGUAGUCGUCGCGAGUUAGUUGCUUUCUAAACUUUUGUACAGAGUCGUGUACAUAGCAAUCACGAACGUACAAAGAGAAAAAUAAACUUUGAUUUCAUGUGUGAUUUCGUCUAGGUAAAUAGAAACGAAUACGGGUCGCGGACUGACUUAGAAUUUAUACCUUUCUCGAUUGACCACGAAAACGAGUCGUAUCCGUGGACUUAUUUCGAAUACAAAUUACCAAGAUUACACGUGUAAAUGUAAUUAAUUAAUGCCCAGCAUUGGAGUAUAGCGGUGCCUUAUUACAAUUCUUUCGAUGCAAUCUCACCUCAUCUGUACUUAUUAUAUGGAAUGUCAGGAUUAUAAUGACUUUGAUUUAGAUUUAUGUACUUAAAUUAUGCAUGUACAAGUAGUACAUGUAAAAACAAAUUCGAGUCACCAUUUGGAAACGCAUCAUUUUGUAAAUACACGUGUUUGAAACGCGCAUAUAGAUAAUCAUGUAACCGCCUACGAAACCAUUCUGUACAAAUGUUUAGAGAGAACGCGAAUUAGUCAGAAUGCGAUUAAGCAUGGAACACCGGUAUACUUGCACGUAUAUCAGAACUACGAGUGUUUAAAAGGAAGAAGUGUACAUCUUUCUGUAAAUAAAUUAUUUUAUUUUAAUGCUUU